AUGGCUCGCAAACAUAAGGGUACCUUAGCUGUUAUUGAGCAAAUUUAUAGUGAUAUACCCUCGUUCACCGACAUCUUUACGGAGGAAUCAUUUUAUACAUUUGCAUUUUGUUUUGCUUGUGCCACCGUUUUGGUGGCAUUUGUUUUAUCUAGAUUUAUAACAAUAAAACCGGUAGAAAUUUAAAAUUUCUCUCUAAGUUUCUAAAUUAAGUUAAAAUAAAUAAUGAAAUUGCUACCAAUUGUUUAUAAAAAUAAAAUUAUAUUUAUAAUGUAAAGAAA